CACUCACGAUGAAAGCGACCGCGGGCCUGCUCGUGCUCCUCGCCUCAGCAGCAGCGGCCUCGGGCUCGCAAGCGCCCUUUGCCGCCCCGGCGAGCGACACGUCCGUCCAGGUCGACCUCGGCGCGCACCUAAACAACAAGGGCACGUCGCGCGCCGGCCUGGCAGGCGCCGGCGUCGGAAUCCGGAACGGCUCGUCGUUCCCCUCUGCGUUCCUCCCCACCGGCCUGUGGACGGAUAACGGCGUGACCUUCGCCUUUCCUACCUGGGACGAGGUCAAGCUCGACAACGUGCGGUGUGAUCUGCAGGCUGUUGAUGUUGGCGGGGUCGAGAUCGCGAGCGUGCAUCUUAUCGGCACGGGCGAGGAUCCUGGCGGCUUCCUGUUCCAGGAGACCAAGGACGUGCUCGGGCUCAAGUUUACCGACGGGAGCGAGGGCAGCGUGAGCUUUGAAGUCAAGAACUUCUGGAUCCACCACUGGAGCAACAAGAGCCCCCUCUCCGCGCCGUACCACUUCCUGAAUGACAGCACGAAGAACUACAACGCAACACACCUGUACCACAUCCCGAUCAGCCUCCCGCCCACGGCGGCAGGGAAGAAGGUCGCGUCGCUCGUCCUCCCCGCCACGCGCAAGGCGAACACGCUGCGCGUGUUCGCGCUGAGCUAUGUGCCGACGAGUGUCAGCCCGGCGCUAAGCGUGCAGGACAAGAUCCGCGCCCGGAUCGUGCGCGGGACCCGCCGCUGGGGACAUGUUGCGGGGAACAAGGCGCAGGUGGUGGAGAUUGCCUUGGCGAACCCGCUCAGCGCGAGCCGGCGCGCCGAGUCGGCGGCGUGGGUCGACUCGCCGAUCCGCGUAACCUUGGAGGGGGCAGGCUUCAAGACUGUGCGCGAGGGGCGCGUCGCGCGCCUCAUGCCCGGGGACGAGAUCAAGGUCGAAGUGCUCGUCACCCCCACAUCCUCGAGCGCGAGCACGUUCGCCGACGCCGAGCUGCGGCUCAACACCAGCGGGCGGGAGUGGGGCGUGCCUGUAUCUGUCGAAGGCUCGGACCUAGUGCACGACUUUGCCGCGUGGACAGAGGACCUUGCCGACCUGGACCAGCAUUCCAGUCCGACAUGGUUCGACGGCGCAAAGUUCGGCAUCUUCAUCCACUGGGGGCUGUACUCCGUCCCUGCUUGGGCCGACGGGGGCAAGUACGCCGAGUGGUACGACUUCUGGCUGCACGACGAGAGCGCGCAGGGCACCACGCACAAGUAUCACCGGGAACACUGGGGCGAAGAGUUUGUCUACGACGACUUCAUCCCGCUCUUCACGGCCGAGCAGUUCAACGCCAGCGCGUGGGUCGACCUGUUUGCCGACGCGGGUGCGCGGUACUUUGUCUUCACGACCAAGCACCACGACGGGUACGCGCUGUUCGACACGGGCGCGACGAGCGAUCGCAACUCGCUCCUGCUCGGCCCGAAGCGCGACUUCCUCCGCGAGCUCAUGGACGCCGCGGAGAAAGAGCAGCCGGGCUUAAAGCGGGGGACGUACUUCUCCAUGCCGGAGUGGUACAACCCGCUGUAUGCGGCGCACGGGCGCGUCUCCUUCCCCGGCGGGCUCGCGCACAAUCCCUACACUGGCGAGGUGGAGGCGUAUACUGGGUUCGUGGACACGGGCGACUACAUCGAGGGGAUCCAGGUGCCCCAGAUGCGGAUCUUGGCGGAAGGGUACAAGACGGAUCUUAUCUGGUGCGAUAUCGGCCUGGACAACCACAGCACCAGCUUCGUCAAAGACUGGUAUACGCAGUCUGCGCGCGAGGACCGGCCAGUCGCGAUCGACAACCGGUGCGGCAUUGGCGGCGACUUUGUCACCCCCGAAAUGACAAAGUUCGACACGGUCCAGCCGGACAAGUGGGAGAGCUGCGCGAGCGUCGACCCGCACUCGUUCGGGUAUAACCGCGACACCAAGGACGACGAGUACCGCAACGCGACCGACAUCGUGCACUACUUGAUUGAUAUCACGGCGAAGGGCGGGAAUUUCUUGCUCAAUGUCGGCCCGAACGCGCAGGGCGUGAUCGUCGACGCCAUCCAGAAACCGUUGCGAGAAGCCGGCGCGUGGCUCCGCCUCAACGGCAGGGCAAUCUACGACACGUACCCCUACCCCCUGGUGCCCGAGUACGAGGACGACAGAACGCACGUCUUCGUCACGCGGAAAGACGACGCGCUGUGCGUCGUGUCUGUCAAGGACCUGCACGAGUGGCUCGAGAUCGAGGCCCCGCUGCCGCUGUUGGAGUGCGACAAGGCCGUGUUCCUCACUCCCGAGGGUGACGUGCCCGUGCCGUGGCGCUACGACGGCGACGUGCUCACCGUCGACUUGUCAGCUGUAGACGAGGCGCACCGCACCGGCGCCAUCGCGUACGUCGUCGAGUGGCGCUACGGCGACUGCGGUGUGAGGGUGCACGACGAGUUGUAG